AUGCCUCCUCGACUAAAUAUCCCGCCGGUUACCCGGGUUGUGCUUGUGGUCCUCCUUCUUCAGUCCGUCUUAAGCGCUGCUGUGCGCUAUCGUCAGUGGUCCGCACAUUCGGAGAUCGUUGUCGAAUGGCUUACCCUGAUACCACAAUUAUCACUAUUUUAUCCAUGGACCUUUUUAACGGCUACAUUGGUCGAGAAUAAUAUAUUCACCUUGGCUAUUGCCGGCCUCACUCUUUACCAUGGGGGCAAGUAUCUGGAACGAGCCUGGUCCUCCAGGGAAUUCGCAAAGUUCCUUCUUGUGGCAUCCCUGAUACCCAAUACCUUGACCUUUCUAGUUCUCGUCACGCUAUUCACUAUCACUCGAAAUGAAGAUUGGACGUUGAUGACUAUUGCCGGCACGAUACCACUCCAGAUUUCAUUCCUCGUUGCUUUUAGCCAACUUGUUCCUGCCCAUACCGUUACUCUCUUCCGAGGUGUCCUCUCCUUACGGGUACCUCGGUUCCCUCUACUUUACAUUGGUCUCGUUGCGAUACUCGCACUGACACCAUUGCUCACGAGCGCGUCUCUACUCCUAGCCUUAUUCGGUCUCCUGUCGAGUUGGACCUACUUACGUUUCUACAAGACCGUUUUCCCAGACCUCGAUUCUUCGCAGCCAACUUCGAUGCGUGGUGAUGCAAGUGAGACGUUUGCUUUUGCUGAAUUUUUCCCCGGGCCUGUCAAGCCGUUUGUAGCACCAAUUACGGAGCAAAUUUUCAACUUGUUGGUAGCGAUAAGAAUUUGCACUCCUUUUUCGCAAGCCGAUAUCUCUGCUGCUGCACAGGGAAGUAGCUUCAUACAGCGAACCGGCCACGGAGGUGUUAGGGCCGAGGCAGAGAGACGACGAGCUCUGGCUUUGAAAGUACUGGACCAACGACUACAUGCUGCAACCGCAGGACCUAGCGGCUCUUCGCGAACUCAACCACAGCCUCCUAACCAGCCUUCCGGCCCAACAAUACACACGCAACCGCAGGCGAAUAGUCAGGCCGCGAUGACAACACAACCAAACACGGUGUUGGGGGAAACAAAUUAUAACCCCGAACAAGACCAUAUUGAAAAGGAAGACUCUUGA